UUCUCUUGAUUGUGCCCUCAGGGUCCUUCCAGGCAAGAAAGCAGCCUACGGGGGUUAAUUUUGCCAAGGCUCUUCCAUACAAUCGUAAGGAUGCUGCUCUGCAGAAUCUUAAGCAUACCGGUGGCUUCCAUAAGCAUCAUUGCUUUGUUCAUCGCCCUGACCACCGAUUACUGGCUAGUGGCUUACGGACCGGCUGGCAUCGCCCACAGUGGCCUCUGGCAGGAGUGCAUGGAUGGGAACUGCUGGACCCCAACCAAGGCUAAUGAAUACAUCCUUGCCACACGUGCGUUCCUGAUCUUGGGCUCCCUGGCAGCUUUGGCCUCGGUCAUUUCUCUUACCGCCUCCUUCAUGCCUUGUGACUGCGGCUUCCUUGGCGGAGUCUUCGUCACGUCCAUCGUUGCCUUCACAGGUGCACUCUUCACUCUGGUUGGUGUAGUCGUAUUCACCACUGAAUCCUGGGGGAAGAACAGGGACCCUCAAAUCCAGCUCACCUAUGAAUGGUCCUUCUAUCUUGCCUGGGUAGCAUUUCCCAUGCUAUUCCUGACUGGAAUCUUCAGCCUUGUUGCUCACUUGUGCCCUUCAAGGCCUGGCUAUGAGAAUGUGUGAGGACCUGGUUCCUAAGAAGCAAAGGCAACCUUGCGAUGCAGUCGACACACAACACACAAAGGAAGCCUGCCCCCUACCCUUCCCAUGCCAGUGAAAUCCCCUUCACAACUGUCCCAAUCGUGCUUUCAUCCCCAAUCCAUUCACAGCAACCCCCUGUAGGGCAGUGUUCCCCAACCUUGGGCCUCCAGCUGUUUUUGGACUACAAUUCCCACCAUCCUUGACCACUGAUCUUGCUAGCGAGGGAUGAUGGGAGUUGUAGUCCAAAAACAGCUGGAGGCCCAAGGUUGGGGAACACUGCUGUAGGGCAUCCAAGCUGCCUUGUCUUCAGGGAGCGUUUUCUGCAUUGCCUUGUCUACCAGUUGAGCAUCUGCCAUGGAAUCACUGAUUGCAAACAAAAGAUGUUUCGCAGGGGGUGGGUGUUGGCCACCGACCAAACCGUAAACUGAUGUGGAAAUGUGGAGAACUAAAUGUAAGGCUGGAAAAAUAAAACAGAUUCUCUCAUCCUUG